AUGAGUAAGCACGAGGUCAUCGGAAUGACUGAGACGAGACUACGCCAUCAACUGAACGCCGUAUAUGAAACUGGGGAAGAACUGCUCUCGGGAACAUACGACACCGAGGAAAGGCGAGCACACAAAAGCCGUCACACACAUAUUUUUGGUGCAUCGGCCAAACUGCAAAUCGAAGGAGGACACAACAGAGGACAGAAUCAAAGGAGGAUCAGGACUUGCCGAAGAUUCACGUUUACUAGCCCUUCACAAUGUCUUCAACUCUUAAAGGAAAACAAGCAUGGCUUACUAGACAGGGAACUCAGCUCGGCAGCACAAUCUCAAAAAUCGAAGAGUUCCUCGAAACCGCCGAAACUCUCCCCGCCGCGGAGGCAAAUAAAAGCAGAUCUCACGGAGGAACACCGAAAAACGACCAUGUCCAAUAUUACAACCGCACAGGACACCAUCAUUAGGGCUCAGAAUCUUUUAAUAACACUUAGCUUAUGCCUUGAAGACCACGAAGAGGGUAAACUUCGCGAAGAAGAAGCCGACAAUAAAGCACUACCGCGAAUUCCUCCGCUUCAAAUCCCCAAAUUCAGAGGGAAUCCCUGGGAAUGGGACCAGUUUUGGGGAACUUUCAACGCUACCAUUCACGACAGAAAAAUCAGCAAAAUUGAGAAGUUCACACACUUUCUCGAAGCGUUACAGGGACUUGCGAGAGACACAGUCCAGGACCUACAGAUCACCGCAGAAAACUACGACGUCGCAGUAGACAUAUUGAAACGUCGCUACGGAAACGAAGAGGCUAUCGUAGGAAAAGUGGAUCUACUCGUAGCACAGGCUAGGACAUGGAAUCAUCGAAAGUCAGAGUUCGAAGAAGUAUACAUGAUCCUGGACACAGGAGCAGAUCGGUCUUUUAUCUCCGCAACCUAUACAGAGCAGCUCGGGUUAGAUGAAACUGGAACCUCGCAGUUAAAGAUCCGUACACUUGGAAGCGAUACUCCAAUCGAGAAAUGCUGUACUACGACAUGUAUCCUAAUUGAGGACAGAAGAGGAAUCCGACAUAACAUCACGGUUGCCAUGGUCGACUUCAUUUCAGGAGAACUCCAAAGGACUCCACUUGACGAAGCAGACUGCAACUAUCUUUCACAACACGACAUCAGCCUAUCAAUUCCCAAUCGUAUCCGAACGGUGGCCCCACAAAUCCUCAUUGGAUGCGGAGACCUCUUUGACCUUUUCGAUGACGGAUUCGCCAGUACUCACGAACUUCCAUCAGGACUCAAAGCUCUCCACUCAAAGAUUGAACAUCUUGUAACUGGCCGUAAUCGAAACACAACGGAAGAACUCGGUACGCAAGUAAAUAACCUAUGUACAGUUCAGAGCGAGGAUCUUAACGAUGAACUCAAACAGAACCAGAAGAUCUGGAGUCAGUUCCGCGAAACCGCACAGUACUCCGACAAUAAAUACUUCGUCCGACUUCCUUGGAAAGGUCCAACAGACGAUCUUCCUGAUAACCAGGAAGUCGACGAGAACAGAGAACCGGAUGGACCAGUGAUUAACCAGCUAGUGGUGACACCCCAUAAAGAUACCACAAAACAGCGAGUAGUCUUCGACGGGUCCGCGCAUUACAAAAAUGCCCCGUGCCUGAAUGACAAGUUGCAUCAACGCCCAGUAAUCCUGCCAUCACUCGUCGACAUAUUGAACAGAUUCCGUAUAGGAAAUAUCGCAAUUGUCAGUGACGUCGAGAAAGCUUUCUUACAAGUCCAUCUCCAAGCGAUCGAUAGAGACGCAACCCGCUGUCUAUGGGUCAAGGACAUCGACAAACCACUCAACAGAGCCAACAUAGUUACCUACCGAUUUACACGAGUCACGUUCGGGCUAAACUGCUCACCGUUCCUAUUAGGAGCAACCAUAAAGCAACACUUGGGACGCACACAUAAUUUUGGUGAUCGCGAAAUUGCCAACUGCAUUCAAGACAAUGUUUACGUGGACAACGUUAUUUUCACAGCUGACACAUCACAAAAUGCAAUCGAUCGAUGUCUCCGCGCAAGACAACUCUUUGCAGAGAUAAACAUGAACCUAAAAGAGUCCCCUACAAACUCCACAGAAGUCAAUCAGACGCUUCCAGAAGGAUGUCUAGGAGCCAACCCCAAUCCCAAAGUCCUCGGAAUUCAAUGGCUCUCAGAGGACGACAUGAUGAAAAUCACCUGCCGAUUCUGGGAGAAGGCAGCAAUCACAAAACGCACAGUCUCGGAGCAAGUUGCAGCGGUAUAUGACCCACUUGGAUGGCUCACUCCCUUAAUGCUCAAGCCAAAGCUCUUCCUACAAGGACUUUGGAAGCAUAAGUAUGCAUGGGAUCAAAAGCUAACAGAAGAGCACAGGGAUCAAUGGAUUGCCAUUAUCGCAACAGCCCAAAACUUCGGAAAAUGUCUACCCAGGAAAGUCAGCGACGGAUCAAGGUCGUCACCAGCAGAAGUCGUCGCCUUUACAGAUGCCAGCAAAAGCGCAAUGGCUACAUGCGUCUAUCUUGUUCAGAACCACAAGGCAAUCUUACUUAUGGCAAAGUCGAAACUGCCCUCACUCAAAACUAAAUCAACCAUACCAAAACUGGAAGUGAAUGCGCUCACCAUGGGUACACGCCUAGCCAAUUCGACGUACCAAGCGAUGAGAGAUCGGCUUAACGUUACGGAAAUAACGAUCUUUACGGACUCGGAAAUCGCCUUGAGCUGGCUUCGAAACCCACAGCUGAGCACAAACGGGAGAUUACUUGCACGCAAUCGAUCACAGGAAAUUCGGAAAAUCGCUGAGCAGCUCCGUCAGGUCAACGUUACAGUCAAAUUCGGAUAA